UCCCCGGGCUGUCGCAAUUUGAAUUGGGGCGUGUCUAGAAAAAGAAGCCGUAGUUCAUGAGCACCGCUGGGGCAUCCUGCUCCGGUUCCGCUGUAGGCGGCAGAGAUGGUUGAGCUCCUGCUCCUGCUGCUGCUUCUCCUUUUCCCCUUCCUUCUGUAUGUGGCUGCGCCCCAAAUCAGGAAAAUGCUGUCCAGUGGAGUGUGUACAUCAACUGUUCAGCUUCCUGGGAAGGUAGUUGUGGUCACUGGAGCUAAUACAGGUAUCGGGAAGGAGACAGCCAAAGAGUUGGCUCAGAGAGGAGCUCGAGUAUAUUUAGCUUGCCGGGAUGUGCAAAAGGGGGAAUUUGUGGCCAAAGAGAUACAGACCAUGACUGGAAACCAGCAGGUGUUGGUGCGGAAACUGGACCUGUCUGAUACUAAGUCUAUUCGAGCAUUUGCUAAGGGCUUCUUAGCAGAGGAAAAGCACCUCCACAUUUUGAUCAACAAUGCAGGAGUGAUGAUGUGUCCCUACUCGAAGACGGCAGAUGGCUUUGAGAUGCACAUAGGAGUCAACCACCUGGGUCACUUCCUCCUGACCCAUCUGCUGCUAGAGAAACUAAAGGAAUCAGCCCCAUCAAGGAUAGUAAAUGUGUCUUCCCUUGCACAUCUCCUGGGAAGGAUCCACUUCCAUAACCUGCAGGGCGAGAAAUUCUACAAUGCAGGCCUGGCCUACUGUCACAGCAAACUAGCCAACAUCCUCUUCACCCAGGAACUGGCUCGGAGACUAAAAGGCUCUGGCGUUACGACGUAUUCUGUACACCCUGGCACAGUCCAAUCUGAACUGAUUCGGCACUCAUCCUUCAUGAGAUGGAUGUGGUGGCUUUUCUCCUUUUUCAUCAAGACUCCUCAGCAGGGAGCCCAGACCAGCCUGCACUGUGCCUUAACAGAAGGUCUUGAGAUUCUAAGUGGAAAUCAUUUCAGGAUUGAAAUACUACCUAUGGACUCCCUUUCUUGAAUAAGUGAAGACUUUUAAAAUGAUGUAAAUGUAGAGAACUUUGAACAUAACACAGGGGUAGGUAAAAUCGUGCACUGAACCUGCAUAUAACGGAGCCUCAGCUACCAUUAACUCAUGGCCACUUCUGCCCUGUCCCCAUUUUCUGUAUUUUUCUUCUCCCAUAUUAUUUUGAAGCAAAUUCCAGGCAUCACGUAAGAUAAAAAUUUUAACGUGUUUUUACCUCUACUUCAGGUUACUGUUGAAAUUUUAGGAAAGAAGCUGAAAAUAGCAUUAAGAUUGGAAAGAAAGGGAGACAGAUUAUGAAAGGCCUAUAGUGCCAGCCUUGUAGAGGAGCCCCAGAAGUUGUUUCAGUAGAGAGACAUAAUCUGGUCUGUGCUUUAGAAACUUUGUUUCUAGUGAGAGUAAGAGUUCCUGAAAGUUGGAAUGAAAGGAAUGGUAGUGUGAAAGAGGCCCUGAAGCAGCAGAAUUUUUAUCACUGGAUGAUUAAUUAAAUGAGGGGAUGGGGGAAGGAUUUGCUAACCUGAAUUUCAAGCCUGACUGAGGUUGAUGACAUUAAGACAGCAGACACGGAAAAGUAGUAUGGAACUUAGGGUUCUUGGAUUCCAAAGCAGUGGAAAUGGACUUUGGUUAGCUUAAGCAAGAAGGAAGUUUAUUAAAAUAUUAGUAGGGAGAGGAGGGACUCCUAGGUUGAAAGGGAAGUCUGAAGAGACAUACUAAGAACAGAGUGGCAGUCAGCUAGCUGGGGCACUGCUACCAGGGUGAGUGAACGCCAGCUAUUUUCAGUCUUUAGGUUUUGUUGCUUACCAUCCACUCUCUGGGGAGGAGGCUUUGGAUCUUCUUCUUUCUCCCAUCCCUUCAUUUUCACUCUUUUGAUUAGAGGAAGACAGCCACUUUAUUAACACUCUCUUCAAACUAUAUUGAAGGGGAAAAGGUAAUUCUGCAGAAGGAAAUCAGGUUGCUAUGGCCAAAAAGUAGAAUGUUCAGCCAAAGAGUAACAAUUCUCCACUCUGUAAUAAACCAACCUCUGUACAUGUCGAGUGUUAUCUAUAAGGCAUGCAAGUAGAAAUGUAUAGCAGAUAGUUGGAAAUGUGGUUCUGAAGUAUAAGAAGAUAGAUUUAUGUAGCACACUGAAUUGAUUUUCCAAGAGUGACUGGUUUCUUCUUCCCUGGAGAUUAUAAGAAAAAAACACAAAAACCCUUUAUCUUGGUUUUAAUUGAAUGAUUUAAAGAAAGUCAGCUAUAAAUCCAUAAUUUACUAUUGAAUUGACUUUUGAAGAGCCUUUUUUGUGCUGUGGAUUCUUAAUUCAUUUUGAAGAUCCAAUAGCAGCCAUGUAGACCACCAUCAAGAAAUGAAUAUACAAGUCUGUUUUGAUUGAAGCCUGAAGAUUUUUGCACUGGCUCUUCUUUCUGCCUCCAACCACUAAUCUGCUUUAUGUCUCUAAGAAUUUGCCUAUAUUAGACAUUUCAUAUAAAUGGAAUCAUAUGAUAUGUGGCCUUUUGUGACUGACUUCUUUUACUUAACUUAAUGUUAUCAAGGUUCAUCAAUGUCAACGCAUGUGUCAGUACUUAAUUUCUUUGAUUGUUGCACAACAUUUCAUUGUAUAGAUUUGCCACAUCUUAUUUAUUCAUUUAUCAGGUGAUGGGCAUUUGGGUUUGCACUUUUUAGUAUUUGAAUAAUACUGCUGUGACCAUUUGUGUAGAAAUUUUUGUGUGGAUAUUUCUCUUGGGUACAUAGAAGUAGAAUUUCUGGGUUAUAUGGUAACAGUUUAACCGCUGAGGAACUGCCAAAUUUUUCCAACUUGACUGCACCAUUUUACGUUCCCACCAGCAGUGUAUGAGUGUUCUAAUUACUUCACAUCCUUAACAGCACUUGUUAUUGUCUCUCCUUUUGAGUUCAGCUAUCCUAAUGAGUAUGAAGGAAUAUCUUGUUUUUAUUUUCAUUUUCCUACUAAUGAUGUUGAACAUUUUUUCGUGUGCUUUUUUGUUCACUUGUAUCUUUGUUGGGGAAAUGUCUAUUCAAGUCCUUUGCCCAUUUUUAAGUUGGAUAAUUGUCUUUUUAUUGUUGAAUUACAAGAGUUGUUAAUAGUUUACAUACAAGUUCCUUGUCAGAUACAUAAUUUGCAAAUAUUCUCUCAUUCUGUGGGUUGUCUUUUAACUUUCUUAAUGGUGUCUUUUGAAAUAUGAAAGUCUUAAAUUUUGAUGAAGUCCAGUUUAUCUGUUUUUUUGUCACUUGUACACUUGUAUCUAAGAAAUCAUUGCCUUACCCAAGGUCACAAAGAUGUACUACUGUCUUUAGUAAAGACAGUUUUCUGUUACUGUAACAGAAUACCACAGAGUGGGUAAUUUAUAAAGAAAUUUACUUAGCUCAUGGUCCUGGAGGCUGAGAAGUCUAAGAACAUGGUGCUUGGCAUCUGGUUGGGGCCUUGUUGCUGUGUCAUAACAUGGCAGAGGGCAUCACAUGGUGAGAGGGCAAGCAAGAACAAACCCACUUUCACGACAGUGACAUUAAUCUGUGUAUGAGGGCAGAGCCUUUAUUAAUCAAUUAAUCUGUUCACAAGGGCAGAGGGAUUAAGUUUCCAACAUGUGAUUUUUUUAAAGGAUACAUUCAAACCAGAGCAACUACUAUGUUUUCCUCUAAUAGUUUUAUAGUUCUAGCAUUAUUUAGGUCUGUAAUCUAUUUAGAACUUUUUUUUUUUUUUGAGACAAAGUCUUGCUCUGUUGCCUAGGCAAGAGUACAGUGGCGUGAUCUCAGCUCACUGCAACCUCUGCCUCUUGGGUUUAAGAAAUUCUUCUGUCUUAGCCUCUUGAGUAGCUGAACUACAGGCAUACACCACCAGGCCCAGCUAAUUUUGUAUUUUUUAGUAGAGAUGGGGUUUUUCGAUGUUGGCCAGGCCGAUCUCCAACUCCUGACCUCAGGUGAUCCACCCACCUCGGCCUCCCAAAGUGCCGGGAUUAUAGGUGUGAGCCACCGUGCCCAGUCUUGAACUAAUUUUUGUAUAUGAUAUGAGGUAGGGAUCAGUUUCCUUAGCACCAUUCAUUGAAAAGACAGUUUUUUUCCCCAUUGAAUAGUCUUGGUAGCUGUAUUAGUCUGCUCAGGCUGCCAUAACAGAAUCCCACAGACUAGGUGGCUUACACAACAUAAACUUAUUUUCUCACACUUUUGGAGACUGAAAGUCCAAGAUCAAGGUGCUGGCCUGGUUGGUCUCUGGUGAGGGCUGCCUUUCUGACUUAAAAUGGAUGACUUCUCUCUGAGCCCUUACGUGGCCUUUCCUUUAUGUACACACACUCCUGGUAACUCUUCCUCUUUUUAUAAGGACACCAGUCCUGUUGGAUUAGGGCCCUACCCUGAUGACUUCAUUUAACUGUAAUUACCUCCUUAAAGGCCCUGUCUCUUUUUUUUUUGAGACAGAGUUUCGCUCUUGUUACCCAGGCUGGAGUGCAAUGGCGCAAUCUCGGCUCACCGCAACCUCUGCCUCCUGGGUUCAAGCAAUUCUCCCGCUUCAGCCUCCUGAGUAGCUGGGAUUACAGGCACGCGCCACCAUGCCCAGCUAAUUUUUUGUAUUUUUAGUAGAGACAGGGUUUCACCAUAUUGACCAGGAUGGUCUCGAUCUCUUGACCUCAUGAUCCACCUGCCUCGGCCUCCCAAAGUGCUGGGAUUACAGGCUUGAGCCACCACGCCUGGCCAGGCCCUGUCUCUAAAUACAGUCAUAUUGGGAGUUAGGGCUUCAACAUAUUAAUUUUGGGGGAACACAAUUCAAUGUAUAACAGUAAGCUUGUCAAAAAUCAAUUGACCAUAAAUAUAAGCGUUUAUGUUUGCACUUUUAAUUCUGUUCCAUCCAUUUGAAUGUCUAUUCUUAUGUCAGUAUCAUACUAUCUUGAUUACUAUAACAUUGUGGUCAGUUUUGAAAUUAGUUUAUCUUUUACCUCUAUUAAUUGUUAGCAAAAGCCCACUGGAAACAUCAAUACUGUGACCAUGCUGAUGCCAGAAACACACUUAAAUAGCUCUUACUUGGUUGAGUGUGGUGGCUUGUAUUUGUAAUAUCAGCACUUCGGGAGGCUGAGGUGGGCAGGUUGCUUGAGGCCAGGAGUUCAAGAUCAACCUAGGCAACAUAAUGAGACCCCAUUUUUGGUUGUUGCUUUUUUUUUUUUGCAACAAAUGUUUUUGCAACAAAUGUUUUGUAGACCCCUCUACAAAAAAUGUAAAAAUUAGCCGGGUGCGGUGGUGUAUGCCUGUGGUCCUUGGGAGGCUGAGGUAGGAGGAUCACCUGAGCCUGGUGAAGUUGAGGUUGUAGUGAGCUGCGAUCGUGCCACUGCACUCCAGCCUGGGCAACAGUGAGACCCUAUCUAAAAAAAAAACACAACAACCUCACACCUAUAAUCCCAGUACUUUGGGAGGCCGAGAUGGACAGAUCAUGAGGUCAGGGGUUUGAGACCAGCUUGACCAACAUGGUGAAACCCUGUCUCUACUAAUAAUACAAAAAUUAGCUGGGCAUGGUGGUACAUGCCUUUAAUCCUAGCUACUCAGGAGGCUGAGGCAGGAGAAUUGCCUGAACCUGUGAGGUGGAGAUUGCAGUGAGCCAAGAUCGUGCCCCUGCACUCUAGCCUGGGCGACAGAGUGAGACUUUGUCUCAAAAAAAAAAAAAAGCAACAACCAAAAAGCUCUUGUAGUAUUUGAAAACUUUUUAUAGUCUGCAAGGAAACUUCAUGUCAGUUGUGUCCUCUGCUCUUCACUGUAACCUUAUGAAGAGUAUAAGGCACAGUGCAGUGGAGGAUGCAGAGGCUUACUAAGGCUGAGUCAUUUCCAGAGAGUGAUACAGAGCCUUGUGGUUCUCACUGAUGGUCUUUUCAUUAAGAAAUGGCAAGCUGUACUGGUCAUACUGGUGAGUCUUUUUAAACAGAAGUACUGAUAAGACUUGUUUUGUAAAUGUGAAGACAUUUUGAAAUGGUAUUUCUCAAACUUUAGUGUGUUCAAGAAUCAUCUGGAGAGCUAGUUGAGAACAGACUUCGGGACCACAACCCUAGAGAUUCUGAUUCAGUAUGUCUGGAGUAGGGCCGGAGAAUUUCUAACAAGCUCCCAGUUGAUGCUCCUGCUGCUGGUUUGUGGUGCACACUUUGAAUCCCACUGUCUUACUGGACAUGGUGUUGAAAGUGUGCAUAAUAUACUUCUCAACUCUUUCACCUUCAGAAUUUGCUUAGAAUACUGAGGAAGCAAUUUUCUUGAAACAGUAUACUUUUAAAAAUUGCUUUCUCACAUGACUUUAAAGAUUGCAAUCCAUUCACUCAAUCUUUUUUUGUUUUUGUUUUUGUUUUAGAGCGAGUCUCGCUCUGUCGCCCAGGUUAGAGUACAGUAGCAUGAUCUCGGCUCACUGCAAUCUUCACCUCCUGGGUUUAAGGGAUUUUCCUCCCUCAGCCUCCUGACUAGGUGGGAUUACAGGCUCAUGCCACCAUGCCUGGCUAAUUUUUGUAUUUUUAGUAGAGAUGGGGUUUCAACCAGUCUCAAUCAUUUUUUUUUUCCAACUUUGAUUGAAAGCUUACCAGGUGUGUACCUCACCUGGCCUCAAUCAUUUUUUUUUCAACUUUGAUUGAAUGCUUACCACAUGUGUACCAGAUCCAGAGAAUACAAAAAUGAGUAAGAAUUGUCCUUAAAAAAUUUUUCUGCAUCAGAAUUAUAAGAUUUUGAAUUACAGGCUGGGUGCAGUGGCUCAUGCCUGUAAUCCCAGCACUUUGGGAAGCUGAGGCAGGCGGAUUACUUGAGAUCAGGAGUUUGAGACCAGCCUGGCCAACAUGGCAAAAUGCUGUCUCUACUAAAAAUAGAAAAAUUAGCCUGGCAUGGUGGUGGGCGCCUAUAAUCCCAGCUACUCCAGAGGCUGAGAUAGGAGAAUUGCCUGAACCUGGGAGGCGGAGGAUGCAGUGAGCUGAGAUUGGGCCAUUGCACUCCAGCCUGGGUGAGAGUAAGAUUCCGUCUCCAAAAACAAACAAACAAACUUGGAUUUACAAUGAAGAGAGGGUAUAUGAAACACUUUGCUUUAAUUUGAAUAUGUCCCUCAAGGUUCAUAUGUUAGAAACUUAAGCCUCAAUACAGCAGGGUAGAGAGGUGGGAUUUUUAGGCAGUUAAUAUAGGUCACAAGGGCAGCCCUCAUGAAUGGAUUAAUGCCAUUGUCUCUGGAAUGGGUUCAUUAUCCUGGGAGUGGAUUCCUUAUUAAAGGAUGACUUGGGUCCCCUUCCCUCUCUUGCCCAUGUGAUGCCUUCCAUCUUGUUAUGACACAGCAAGAAGGCCUUCAUCAGAUGUCAGCCCCUUGAUCUUGGACUUCUCAGCUUCCAUAAUCAUAAGCCAGUUUCUGUCUGCUCAUUGUCAUUAUGCAGUCUGUCGUAUUCUGUUACAGCAGCACAAAACGAAUCAAGACACCUGGUACCUUGGUUUUGCCAUUUCUUUUCUGCUGUCACCUUUUCCUUUUGUUGUUUUUGAAGCUGGCUUUACUUCUCAUAUGAGUUUACAAAUAGUUAUAACUUCAGGUAGUCCAGAAAUAAGCAUUUUUUUUAACCACUCCGAGCAUCUCUGACCAGUGUGAAUAGCAGGAUCUCAGCUAUAUGACAUUAUCCAAGGCCCUGUAGAAUGGCCCUAUGGACUUACUUGAAGAAGUUGGAUAUACAUGGAUGUCAGGCAGGCACUGAUACUAGAGUUUAAUUAUAUAAAUAGGGGAAUAUAAAGACCAAAUGUAUACAUUACAUAUCAAACAAAGCAUUCUGAUCAGAAUUAAUCUAAUGAGAAGAUCUAAAAUGGCAAUUAUAUUUUCUCUGGGUAAAGACUGGAGAAUGAAGAGAUAGGACAAACACUGGCCCUGUGAAGUGCUUGGAGGACGUGUGAUCCCUGGUUGUUUUUAUGCCAUAUUCCUUAUGUCAGGCAGAUGGCAGACUUCAUUAACACUGUGCUUCAUACCUCUCUCUUUACC